AUGGCUUCUUCUUCUUCUUCUUCUUCUUCUAAUCCCCCUCCACAAAAGUACGAUGUGUUUAUAAGUUUCAGAGGUGCAGAUACCCGGGACACUUUUACCAGCCAUCUCAAAGCUGCUUUAGGUCGCAAGAAAAUUGAGACCUACAUGGAUGACAAACUUGGGAUGGGGGACAAAAUUGGACCUGCCCUCUUGCAAGCGAUCGAGAAAUCAAAGGUUUCGUUAAUCGUUUUCUCGAAAAACUAUGCCUUUUCCACGUGGUGUUUGGAUGAACUUGCGCACAUAUCGGAAUGCAAAAAAAGAUACGGACAAAUUGUCAUACCCAUUUUUUAUGGCAUAGAUCCAUCACAGGUACGGAAACAACAGGAUAGUUAUGCAGUUGCAUUUGCUCAACUUGAAGAACGUUUCGAGGACAACAUGGACAAAGUGCUCAUGUGGAGAAAUGCCUUGAAGGAAGCAGCCGAUAUGUCUGGCUUCGAUAAUUCAAAAAGAACAGGGACGGAGGCUGAUUUGAUUGAGAAAAUUGCCGAAGAUGUUUUGACCAAACUGAAUCGUGCAUCGUCAAGUGAUGUAAAGGACCUGGAUCAAUUUUAUUCAAGGAAAAUUGAGGAAAUUGAAUCGUUAUUAUGCCUUAAUUCACCAGAUGUUUGCACUGUAUGCAUUUAUGUAGGCAUUUGGGGCAAGAGUUGGCUGGCCACCCUUGGGGAUGUUUUGUUUCACCGGCUGUCUUGUCAAUUUGAAGCUACUUGUUUCCUUGCAGAUGUUAAGGGGGUGUCAAAAAGUCAUGGACCGAAGCACUUGAGAAAUCUACUUCUUCGUGAUAUAUUAAAGGAAAAAGAUCUAAGUAUCGACACUAAAAAUGUAUCUCCGUUUAUUCAAGAAAGGCUCAGCCGUACAAAGGUCCUCAUUAUUCUUGAUGAUGUGAAUGAUUCAAGCCAGAGCGAAUAUCAAGCAUGUGCUGGUCGUCUUAAGUUUGGCCCUGGAAGUAGAAUCAUUAUAACAACUAGAGAUAGGAGUCUACAUAAGAAAACUGUUCAUCAUGAUAAGAUUUACAAGUUUGGUCAUAAGGACGGAUUGAUUUCAUGGGCAUUGAAGAGUGGUGUUUCCGCAAGAGAUGAUGGCUGCAUCCUUAAACGCACUCUACUCCACAUAGGGGCAAGAGGGGUCAAUUGA